ACCAACAACUCGAUCCGCAAAGUAGCGGAAAGGUUUCAGCGAAGCAACGAGACCAUAUCUUGCUGCUUUCGUGAAGUACUUGCUGCCCUCACCUCCGACGGCUUUCGACAGGAGUAUAUGAAGCUUCCUUGUGAGGGGGAUGGCGUACCGGACCGGAUUCAGAAGGACCCCAAGCUCUUUCCUUUUUUCCAGGACUGUGUUGGUGCGAUUGACGGCAGCCACAUGUUCGUUCGCCCACCGUCAGCUACGCGGGGACCCUGGCGUGAUCGCAAG